AUGGACGGCGGUUCGGAGGACGUGAACGAGUUUCUCCUUCGCAUCCGGGAGUUGGGCGACAAGCGAGUGAAGGAGGAUGAAGAGCGGACGCGCAAGUUGGAGGAGGAAAUCUUGCAGGGCCGGAAAGAGAGGCAGGCGCGGCGAGCUGAACGAGCUCGCUCGAUUUCGCCCACCAAAGACUUCGCCUCGCCCGUAACGCCAACCUCUGCGUUGGCCAGCCACAAGUCAUUCCCUCUUCUGCCCCCGCAGGUCUUGCAACCGUCGGGCAAUUCAUUUGAGCAAGACGCGCUGUCCUCUCUGAAGGCGUACUGUGAAGAACCGCAUCACGAGUCUGGCAGGAGCAUCCCUUCAACUCCUCCCAGGCAGCCAGAAUUGUCAAGCGUCACCAAAGAAAGUGCAGAGGAAUUGAAGGAACACGCCGCCCCCGAGAAGACUCCAUUGACACCACAAGAGACAAUGGACACGGUCGAUGACACGAUGCCAUUAGAAGAGGACGUAACGCCUUCGCGCUCUCAGAUCUCACAAGCGCUUUCCUCUAAAGACCCAACUUGGUUUCGACAGACCGCUGACCGUGAGAAGUCUUCUUUGGCUCUACGGAGGAGUGCAGAAAAUACAAUGUCUGAGACAUCUUCUACCGAGGGAAGCUUCAGAUUACCUGGUCUGACUCGUGACUCCACAGCUGAGCCUGAAAAGGCCCGCGACUGGGUUGGCGAGGAUCGAUCACGGUCUCCCUCAAGAGCAAGCUCUACAUUCGCUGCUAACAGCAGCAUUGGGAAUCGCUAUUCAAGCGUGUCCUCUGUUUCUACCAGCGGCUUAGGCUCUCCAGUGCCUUUAUCUACUCAACGGCUUGAUGCCCGAAAGACAGAACAGCAACCAUCCAACGAUGAUCGCGCGCCUUUGUCUCCCAGUCGCACAUCACCAGAGCGCUCCGUUUCUCCAACGAAAGGCUUGGGAGGGUUUGUGCAGAGCGCAAUGAUGAAGCGCUCUGAUAGCAUAUCAAAACGAUGGAGCGUGCAAUCUCCCGCCAAUCUUAGUCGAAGCAAUUCAAUUGUAAGCAAUCGCAGCGGUGUUGGUCGUUCUGCAUUUGGAAGCGACAUGCUUCCUGAUCCAAAACCAAUCCGUGAGCAUUCGCCUUUGUCGCCGUCGAGACCAGGCUCAAGCCACAGUGAAGCCACAGUUGUCCAUCAUACGAAAAGCAACGGGGUGAAAGACAAUGAUCAAGAGAAGAUUCAGGGCGAUACUAGCUUUACGAAACCCUCCUUACACACCCGCACUCGUUCUAGUGUCUCCAGCGUAAAGACAGGGACCGAUGAAGCCAUACAUGGUGACGUCGAACCUCAGACACCACGAAGCCCCUCCAAGUCAAUUGAUCAAAAGCGCUGGAGUCCCACUAAAUCCUCAUGGCUUGAAAGUGCGUUGAAUCGACCAGAAUCGCCCAGAACGAAGACCACACCGGUCACACAGCAGCCUGCAUGGUUGAGGGAUCUAUCCAAAGCGCGACAGUCCAGAGCCAGUGUUGACCUUGGAAGGCCAGCAUCAAGUGGCGAGGCAACACCAAGUGGCUUGAUGCGUUCGCCUCAGAUCGGAAGCCAUUCCAAAAGCCCUAGCGCCUCUCAAAUUACCAUUUCUAACAUCAAUGCUACCGUGAGCUCUGCGACAGAGGAUAGGGCAACGCCCGACAAUGACAAGAACGCCCAGUUGUCCACCUCAGACGUCAAGGAUAAUAUUGAGAUAACCCCGAAUGACUCCAAUGAAUCUGUGGCUGCUACGUCUGAAGUCGACAGCAAACCUUCAUCUAUAUCAAAAGCCCCCCCGCCAGCCCUGCCAAAUAAACCAAAAACAGUUGCUGUCACUACGGACCACGGCGUAUCUCAUGCCAAACCCCAGCCAGGAGUGGUAGACUUCAGGUCAAACUUACGACGACGUGAGGCUACUAGUGGCAGUCCUACUCAGGCGGAACCGGAAUUCAAGAACGUCUUUGGGAAAUUAAGGAAAACAGAAAAAUCCAAUUACAAGGCGCCAGACGUAUUCAAGGACAACAUCAUGAAGGGAAAAGCAGCCCUAAACGCAACUGGUGGCCCUAAGAAAUCUGACAGGGUAGAUGAGUUCAGAGAGAGUAUACUAAAACAGAAAGAUGCGAUGAAAGCUGGUGGAGGUUCUAUCCGCCGGACGGGUGAAGAGAAUGGAAGUAUACCAUCGAAACCACCAGUCCCUAUUCCUGAGGCUCUCUCAAGACGCACUCAUCUCACUCGAACGGACAGCACUAAGAGCAAUCUGUCGUCCUUUUCUUCUACAUCACCAACAAAGUCCUCGGAGUUGGAAGGUCGACCGAGGCCUCUCAGUGUGUCAACUAGCCAAACCGGUGGGAAUUCUCCAUCUGUCGAGUCAUCGCCACAAUUGCCCUUGGCUGCUAGUACGAUUGAACCAAAGAAACCCUUGAACAUGGAUCCUAAUGCGAGGGAGAGGGAACCAGACUCCGAAGCCAGUUCUCUUCUAGCCGUGUUGACUGAGGAAAAUAAGAACAAGGAAACUGGUCCACCGGUUCGUCCCUUGCCAUCAAAAGUCUUAGUAGGAGCUAGUACAAAGACUACUGCUGAGCCUAGAGGACUUACUACUAAAGGACAUAUUGCAGACCGAUUAAACCCUGCGCUAGCCGGCAUGCUAUCUCGUGGUCCGCCGCGCUCAGGAGGAGAAACGGAAAACUCUGCUAAUAAUAUCCUGUCUACCUCAUUGCCAACUCCUUCUACGCAGGAACCCGAGCCAAAACCGAGGGCUACGCUGACCCAUAUGACAAAGGGGCGAGCUAGGGGCCCAAAGAGAAGGCUUCCUGCUUCAAACAAAUCCGGACCUAAGCAAGCCAAGGAGGAAGGUGGUCGCUCAAGAACAGAGUUAAAUGAAGAGAAAAAAUCCGUAUCGGAGUCAGUCGAACGGAAGCCCUCGUCUGAAAAUGUACGUUCGCCACCAGUGCCUGCAAAGAAACUAGACACACGUCCUGUCCUACCAUCAAUACCUGAUGAACCGGCCGUGGAGCGCCGAAAACCGCUGAUACCUUCAAAAUCGCCAGAUAUCCCAAAAUCGGUAUUGAUCUCUCCUGAUUCUAAGGCGAGCCCCCUCUCCAAGGAGCAAAGUGUCAGCAACCAACCCUCCAAUAUUCUCCUCUCGAAGAGUCAUACGUCUCCAGCAAUUCCACCCAAGUCAGGUUCUCUACGUAAAGUUUCCACAUCCAGUGACAAGAAUCCGCCAUCCAACGAGAAACCUACACCACCGCCUAAAUCAGCCCCAUUGCCUUCGACUCCUACGCCCAGUAACGCAACGCCGUCCCCCUCGUUUACGUCCAAGUUGAAAGAUACCAUUGUGAACUCGGCCAACACAUCCCCCCUCCAGACGAGGUUCGGGUUAGGCAUGGGACUGGGGAGCUCAUUCUUUCAAUCUCGACCAGAGUCACCGCUAGGCAACAAGAAAUCUUCACAGCUUAACAAAUCUCCUGCAUCGCCACCAGUGCCACCCAAAAAGAACUUGACCAUCUCUUCUCAAGUUUCUGAUGGAACACGAAGGCCUUCUCUGACCUCACCAGUUCCCCGAACCUCAGAGUCUGCUGGAGUAAUCUCCGAAUUUUUCGACACGGUUCCAAAGUCCAGUGACAGAGUGGAUAUUGAUCCACAACUGGUACUUACCACAGAAACUGAUGAGCUAAAGACGAGGACUAUUCGAAAGCAAAUCUGGGAGAUCACAGGCGACGGCAAGAAGCAAGAUCUUCCUAUUCACCAGGAAUACAUUUUGUUUGAGGGCAGUAUGACCGAGGCUUACUUGUGGCUGGGCGAUGAAGUGGCUGAAGCAGCCAUGGAGGAUGCUCAGAUUUUCGCGCGGAGGGUCGCAAGGGAGAAUGGUGCUCGAUUGGAACUUAUCAGGCAGGGCAAGGAACCAGCAAAGUUUGUUGAAGCCUUGGGAGGUAUUAUGAUUACGCGGCGCGGCUCCAGUUCCCGGUCGAGCUCAUCGGCACUUUAUAUGCUCUGCGGUAGACGGCAUUUGGGUCAAAUCGCAUUUGACGAAGUCGAUGUUUCUCGCCGGAGUCUUUGUUCAGGCUUCCCGUUCGUCAUUUCAGCCAAAUUUGGCAAACUCUAUCUCUGGAAGGGAAAAGGUAGUGGAGCUGAUGAGGUUGGAGGUGCACGGCUAAUUGGAAUGAACCUGGGGCUUACUGGGGAAAUUGAGGAGGUCUCUGAAGGGGAGGAGCCAGAAAGCUUUUUUGAUGUAUUUCCUGAUUCAAAGACGGCUGAACCAAUGGUGACAUCGGAGCACUGGCAUCUCAAGCCUCGGCACGACAAGUAUCGUUGUCGACUGCUUCGUAUCGACCAUAUGUUGGGGCAGAAAGGAGGGUUUUGGAAUCGACGCGGCUCUUCUUCGCCUGUGACACGACCCAAUGAUACUGUUCAAGAAAUCGAUCCCUUUUGUCAGAAGGACCUGCGUUUCUCGGAAAUUUACAUUCUGGACGCUUUCUUUGAGAUCUACGUCAUCAUCGGACGUGAUGCCAAAUCUCGACCUGCCGAGUUCGCGUCGGCCCUGGUCUUUGCGCACGAGUACGGGAUUUUGGCGGUUUCCCUCCAAGACCGACCGUUCAUCCCAAAGAGCUACGUUGCCAUGGGCGGCAUUCCCGACUGCUGCACGGUUGCUUUUAGAAAAUGGGACCGCAAACUAUGGGCGACAACUCCACACAUAUUGCCAUUGAAUGCUGCCAUUGAAGCUAUCCGCUCCUGA